GAUGUUUAUCCAAUAAUAGUUUGUAUAGUUUCUGUUCAACAAAUACUGGUCACUUCAGUUGCCCUUGUUAUAUGUUGGAUACAUUUGAUGACAAGAAAACAUGUGAAGAUGUUAAUGAAUGUAUGGUAAACAAUGGCGGAUGUAGUCACAUAUGCAUUAAUGGAGAUGGUUCUUUUGAAUGUCAAUGUCAUCUAGCUAUAGGUUUUGUUCUAAACAGAGACGGAAAAACAUGUACAGAUAUUGAUGAAUGUACAACGACUUCAAAAUGCGCUCAUUUAUGUGCAAACACUGUUGGAUCAUAUCAGUGCAGUUGCAGAACUGGAUAUGAACUCGCAUUGGAUGGAGUAUCUUUUUCAGAUGUCAAUGAAUGUUUGCUGAUCAAUGGCGGUUGCGAUGAAAUAUGUGUCAAUACACCAGGUUCUUAUCAUUGUCAGUGUCAAAAUGGACCACCGCUGAACGCUGAUGGUAGAUGUCCAGAAAGAAAUAGCACAUACGUUGGAUUACAGCAAACAUUAUUCGAAGUUCAUAAAAUAGCACGCAGAUUGCUACCCAAAGGAUAUGCUGUGCUCGAAUUGGCAUCAUGUGGUGAAAAAGGCAUAUCUAAAAAUAUUAUUAGUUUGUCUUCGACAUCGUCUUGGUAUACACUUUCAACUAAUUCAAGCAUUUAUUUUACCAUGGGAAUUGUAUUUGUUGAAUCUGGAGACUUUGCCUUGCCAGUUUCUAUAUCAGGGUUAGAAGUAAUUUCAACGAUUUCUAAUUUCGAGUUAAUUUACGGAUCUUUGAAGUACUCUUAAGCAGAUGGAAUUGAGUUAAACAAUAAACGAAACCAUACCUGUUUCUUUUUUGAAACAACACCAAAGGAUAUUCAUGAAUUAAUUGGAUCUGUUAUACCAACAUUGUUUGAUAGACUAUAUGAAGUAUUGCCAAAUUGGAUUUGUUUCAGCGAAUCUGGGGAAAAAGAACUUUCAAUCACUGAAUUAAAAACGAACUUGCUUUACGGAGAGGGAUUGAGCGCUAUUCCUGACUGUGAAGGGGCUCCAGUUUACGACGAUCGUCUAUACAGUGUAUUCAGAUUUGGAACUAAUAUGUCAAUUACUUUAUUUGAGAAUGAGGUCCAUUUACCAUCCCCUUUGGCAGGAAAUAGAUUUAGCCUUGUAGUUGACAUUUGCCAGGAUAAUGGAGGAACAGCAUUUCUGCUCAUACCACCAGAAUCGCGCGACUUUCUUGAAAACUUUGAUAUCUUUAGAUCUCUAAAACAGAGUUAUGGAGUGAUCUUCAAACCGCAUGGAAUAGGAUUGUCAUUAGCUAAACACAUUGAUGUAACUCACAGUAAAAAAGAAAUAAUUGCAUGGAAUGGAGAUAAUUUCUUUCA